CUGCACAGCCACGUGUUUCAUUGGACUUUUAAUCGAUUUACACAGUACUAUGUGCUGUAGUAGCUGUGGAGUUGCUUUAAGAGAAAACACCCUGGCCGCUGUCCGGGCACCUUAGACCACCGACCAGUCUUUUCCCAUCUACAGUCAGAUGCUGUCUGUUACAUGUAAAAACGUAAGGCAGCGACAUUAUAAAAUACUCUCUAGGGAGGGAUCAUAGACAAUAUAUGGCGUUUUCCAGUAUAUUUACUAGUUAAAACAGGCAAUAUAAGGUUUUCGUUUUCUGCAGAUCGAUCAUCCAGUCCAGCAGGUGGCGGUAACUUGUUGUCAACCGCCAAUAAAUCCGGGCCAACGCAUGCCAGAGUGUUUCUAGAUUUAUGUAAAUUAAACGUACGUAUGAAUAUUUAGAAACACAUGCACAUAUUUUGUAUUAAUGUGUAUAAACAAUAGAAUAUAUAAGACAUGACUUCAAGACCUAUAGACUAAAGUGCCUUAACUGCCUCUGGCAGCGCAGUAAAUCCCAAAACUGAAGAAGAACUCGGUUGCCUAGCGACCAGUAGAAGAGUAGCGUCAGCUAGCUAGCUAGCCAGGCUAAACGAUGUGCAGCUAACAUAAGGAUUUUACUCCAUAAAUCACGGUAUAAAUGCCUCCAAAAAGAAAAGGACCUCUGCAGCUUGUCAAGAGGGAAGUGGACGAAAUCAGAAAGCAGGUGGACAGUCUGGUGAAGGAUGUGCAGAGUCAGGACGGAUCCACUGAGGACUCAUUUCGGAGGUGUCAAGAAGUGCAGAUGUCAGCAGAGAAGACACUGAAGAGACUGAAGAAACUGACCAAAGCUGAUGAGCUGGCUCCAGUGGGGAACUACGAUCAGAGGAAGCAAGAAGAGGAGAGACGACUGCAGGACAUGUUGGAGCGUAUAAACACACUCUCUCUAGAGCUUUCACCACCAGGACCAAGUACCACGGCAGGUGAUGUUUCCAAGGAAGAUGGUGAGGACAAUGAGGAUGAAGAUGAUGAUGAUGAUGACGAAGACGAAAGUGAUGACGACGACGAUGAUGAUGAUAAAGAGGAGAAACAAGCCUUGAAACCGCCGUCUCAGUCCGGCCCACGUAUCUACACAGUCCUCAGUGAUUUCAAAGGAGAGCAGGAGGGAGAUCUGUCUGUACAAAGAGGGGAGGUUUUGAGGAUUAUCAGGAUGACAACAGAUGGAUGGUGGCUGGCUCAGGACAGUAAAGGCAACAGAGGAGUGGUUCCCAAAACCUACCUGAAGAUGGGCUCUGGUGUUGGUGAUGAAGGAGAAGAUGAGGAUGAUGAUAAUGAUGAGGAUGAUGAAAAAGACAACAGUAAUGAUGAAAAUGAGGAGGAGGAGUCAGAGGAGGAGGAAGAUCAAGAUGAUGAAGAGCUGACUGAUGACAAAGAGAAACAAAGUGGUACAUCACAUUCAAACUGGGGUACUGUCAGGAAGGCUCUGACUGAGCUUGAUGCAACAGAUGUGCUCUCUGCCAUGGGGGCGAUACCUUCAGGGUUCAGACCAUCAACUCUCAAUAAACUGCUCGUGGAGGAAGGUGUAGCAUACAGAGGGAGUCACUAUGUUCAGCCUGAGCUCAGCCAAUCACAGCUCUCUUUCAGUGACCUCUUCCUGGACCCGGACACUGGCAGGGUUCGUGCUCGGCAGGUCAGGAUUUGUGUUUGUUUCACAUUAUGGAGCUGCAGGAUGAUUCCUACUCCUGGCGUAGGAGUUCAGGUGCUGAGCAGACACAUCCGCCUCUGUGCCUUCAAUGGAACUCAGGUGUUGAGUAACAUCCACACAGUGAGGGCGACAUAUAACUCCAAGAGCCCCAAGACCUGGAGCUUCUCUCCAAAGAUGACAGGUAUCCUUCCUGCCCUCCUGGAUGGAGACUGUUUCCUUCGUUGCAACUCUGCAUCUCCCAACCUCGGAAUCCUCUUUGAACUGGGAGUCACCUUUAUACGGAAUUCCACAGGUGAGAGAGGUGACCUGAGUUGUGGCUGGGCUUUCCUCAAACUGACCGAUGACGCUGGAAAUCCACUCCCCAACAGGACCUACGAGCUGCCAGUGAACGGCGGCACUCCGUAUGAGAAGGAUGUCACAGUGGAGGCAUCAGUCACCAGAGGAUCUCCAGCUGGUGUUUUCCAGCAGUUACUUCAGGCCAGGCGGCAACCCAAACUUCUCGUCAAGAUUAAAUCAGUCAACAGCCGGAUCCGAGCGCAGCUCAGUCUCCUUCCAAACUCUCUGCUGCACUGUCUGAGCUGCGUCCACCUGCUGGCUCUACACAGGCAGCUGCUCACUGACACACUGCUGAUGGACAGACCGACCAUGCAGAAUGCAGAUCUGAUAUGUAAUCCUGUACUCUCUACCUUCCCUGAGCUGUUGGAUCAACCCGACCUGCUGGAUGCUCUCAGGAGUGCCUGGCUGGAUGCUGAGAUCCACAUGAGCAGAGCACACAAGAGAGACUUGUCCUACUUAAAACAGGAGUUUGUUAAAGUCUACAUGUCGUCCGUCUACUUCCUCCUCCACUCACCCUCACUGCCCUGUCAUCGCUGGGCGGACCCGCCCUCAGAGGAGCAGCGAGCCAGAGUCAUCUACAGCACCCUGGAUGCUCUCAAACACACCCAGCACACCACAGGCCAAUCAGGAGGCCCUGAGGUCUUUCUGGACCCCAUGCAUCAGCAUCUCGCAUUUGAUGUGUCAGAGCUGACCUUUGACCUUCUCUGUGUGGCGCGGUAACGAUAACAUCACACUACUCAGAGGAAAGGUACAAUUUAAAGUUGAUGAUUAUUUUUAAUGUAAAAAAUGAAAACCAAGUUAAGAUGAUAUUAUGAAAAAUAACUCUAAAAUGUGCCAUAAAGACCUUUUUCAACUUAAAUGAUGAGGCUGGUUGUAAUUUUUUAUUGCACUAAGAUAUCUUUGUGUACUUUGUUAUUACAUGAGACACUGAUCACAGCUGAAGAGCCUGUCAAUACGCCAGAAAUUAACUGCUAAUCUAAUGUGGACAAUGGUGACAUUGUUUUCCAUCUUUAAUGAAGAGUUUACUCUGCUCCUUUUUAAGUAAACACUGCAAUAGAACACAGUAAUAAGGGAGAAGCCUUUGUGCUGAUACCAAAACGUUUAUGUAAUAAAACAACCAGUAGUGAUGUUAUUAGAAGGUUUUGAUAUCUUGCUUUUUCUCACUACAUGUUGUUCUAUGUUUUUUUGAAUAAACAUUCUGUUAAAAUUA